GAAUCUGGCCAUCAUCCCACAAGCAAGUCCCCAAGACCCUCAGCCCACCAAGCUACCAGCCACAUGAGCGCAUCAUCUCUGAAGCAGUUGCUCCAGCCCACAGUGGCCAACGCUGCAUAAGAACAAGCUGUGCCUGUUGAGUCCUGCUCAGUAGCAGACCCGUGCACGGAAGGAAUGGUUGUUGUUUUAAGCUGCAGUUUUGGGGGUGGUUUGUUAUGCAGCAAUAGAUAACUGAUAUACGUGUCCGAUUUCAGGAGGUGAUGCCAUGCUAUUUGCCAAGAUAAUUGUACCCCUGGAUGUUUUGGCCAUCAAGGUAAUUAUUGCCAAAUGAGGAGGAAAGGACGAUGUCAUCGAGGCUCUGCAGCGAGGCAUCCUUCCUCCCCUUGCAGUAUUAAACACUCUCCCACCCGAGAAACGCUGACCUACGCUCAAGCUCAAAGGAUGGUUGAGAUAGAGAUUGAAGGGCGCUUGCAUCGGAUCAGUAUUUUUGAUCCCCUGGAGAUCAUAUUAGAAGAUGACCUCACUGCUCAAGAAAUGAGUGAAUGCAACAGCAAUAAAGAAAAUAGCGAGAGGCCACCUGUUUGCUUAAGAACUAAGCGUCACAAAAACAACAGAGUCAAAAAGAAAAAUGAAGCCCUCCCUAGCACCCACGGCACACCGGCCUCAGCUAGUACCCUUCCUGAGCCCAAGGUUCGGAUUGUGGAGUACAGCCCUCCAUCCGCACCCAGGAGGCCCCCCGUGUACUACAAAUUCAUUGAGAAGUCAGCUGAGGAGCUGGACAAUGAGGUGGAGUAUGACAUGGACGAGGAGGACUACGCCUGGCUGGAGAUCAUCAACGAGAAGCGGAAGGGUGACUGCGUCUCUGCCGUGUCGCAGAACAUGUUUGAGUUCCUGAUGGACCGCUUUGAGAAGGAGUCCUACUGCGAGAACCAGAAGCAGGGGGAGCAGCAGUCCCUGAUCGACGAGGAUGCUGUGUGCUGCAUCUGCAUGGACGGGGAGUGUCAGAACAGCAACGUGAUUCUCUUCUGUGACAUGUGCAACCUAGCCGUGCACCAGGAGUGCUACGGCGUGCCCUACAUCCCUGAGGGCCAGUGGCUCUGCCGCCAUUGCCUGCAGUCCCGGUCCCGUCCCGCAGACUGCGUGCUGUGCCCCAACAAGGGCGGUGCCUUCAAAAAGACGGACGACGACCGCUGGGGCCACGUGGUGUGCGCCCUGUGGAUCCCAGAGGUCGGCUUUGCCAACACGGUGUUCAUCGAACCCAUCGACGGUGUGAGGAACAUCCCCCCGGCCCGGUGGAAAUUGACGUGCUACCUCUGUAAGCAGAAGGGCGUGGGCGCCUGUAUCCAGUGCCACAAAGCAAACUGCUACACAGCAUUCCAUGUGACUUGUGCCCAGAAAGCUGGCCUGUACAUGAAGAUGGAGCCUGUGAAGGAACUGACUGGUGGUAGCACCACCUUCUCGGUCAGAAAGACCGCUUACUGUGACGUCCACACGCCUCCCGGCUGCACACGGAGGCCUCUGAACAUUUACGGGGAUGUUGAAAUGAAAAAUGGUGUCUGUCGAAAAGAGAGCUCAGUCAAAACGGUCAGGUCCACAUCCAAGGUCAGGAAGAAAGCAAAAAAGGCUAAGAAAAUGCUGGCGGAGCCCUGUGCGCCCCUGCCGACCGUGUGUGCUCCGUAUAUUCCUCCUCAGAGAUUAAAUAGGAUUGCGAAUCAGGUGGCCAUUCAGCGGAAGAAGCAGUUUGUGGAGCGAGCCCACAGCUACUGGUUACUCAAAAGGCUGUCUAGGAAUGGCGCUCCCCUGCUGCGGCGGCUCCAGUCCAGCCUGCAGUCCCAGAGAAACACGCAGCAGAGAGAAAAUGAUGAAGAGAUGAAAGCCGCGAAAGAGAAGCUGAAGUACUGGCAGCGACUCCGGCACGACCUGGAGCGUGCCCGUCUGCUGAUUGAGCUCUUGCGCAAAAGGGAGAAGCUCAAGCGUGAGCAGGUAAAGGUGGAACAGAUGGCCAUGGAGCUGCGGCUAACCCCACUGACUGUGCUGCUUCGCUCAGUCCUGGAGCAGCUGCAGGAGAAGGACCCUGCUAAGAUCUUUGCCCAGCUGAGUCUGAAGGAGGUACCGGAUUAUCUGGACCAUAUUAAACAUCAUGACUUUGCCACAAUGAGGAAGCGGCUAGAAGCUCAUGGGUAUAGAAAUCUGCGUGCUUUUGAGGAGGAUUUUGACCAUGUAGAUAACUGCCUGAAGUACAAUGCCAAGGACACCGUGUUUUAUAGAGCCGCAGUGAGGCUGCGUGAUCAGGGUGGCGUGGUUCUGAGGCAGGCCCGGCGCCAGCUGGACGGCAUUGGCCUGGAAGAGGCCUCUGGAAUGCACCUGCCCGAGCGGCCUGUCGUGGCCCCUCGGCGGCCUUUCUCCUGGGAAGAUGUGGACAGGUUGCUGGACCCGGCCAAUAGGGCCCACCUGGGCCUGGAGGAGCAGCUGAGAGAGCUGCUGGACAAGCUGGACCUUACCUGCUCCAUGAAGUCCAGUGGCUCGCGGAGUAAACGGGCAAAGCUGCUCAAAAGAGAAAUUGCUGUCCUUCGAAACAAGCUUAGCCAGCAGCACAGCCAGUCCCCACCAGAGGGGUCAGGGACUGGAGGCUUCGAAGAGGACGCCGCUCCGCUGGGGCCCGACACAGGGGAAGAAGUCCUUCCGAGGUUGGAGACUCUACUGCAGCCACGGAAAAGGUCGCGGAGCACAUGUGGAGACUCCGAGGUGGAGGAGGAGUCCCCGGGAAAGCGCCUGGACACAGGUCUCACCAAUGGCUUUGGGGGUGCCAGGACCGAGCAGGAGCCAGGCAGUGGCCUGGGGAGGAGAGCUGCACCCCGACGGCGCUGUGCAUCCGAGUCUAGCAUCUCUUCCAGCAACAGCCCGCUCUGUGACUCGAGUUUUAGCACACCCAAAUGUGGGCGAGGCAAGCCUGCCCUUGUGCGAAGGCACACAUUGGAGGACAGGAGUGAGCUGAUAUCCUGCAUUGAAAAUGGGAACUAUGCCAAGGCAGCCAGAAUUGCAGCUGAAGUGGGGCAGAACAGCAUGUGGAUUUCCACUGACGCCGCGGCCUCCGUUCUGGAGCCCCUGAAAGUGGUGUGGGCCAAGUGCAGCGGCUACCCCUCCUACCCGGCGUUGAUCAUCGACCCCAAGAUGCCUCGAGUGCCUGGCCACCACAAUGGUGUCACCAUCCCUGCCCCACCCCUGGACGUGCUGAAGAUUGGAGAACACAUGCAGACCAAGUCUGACGAGAAACUCUUCCUUGUUCUGUUCUUUGACAAUAAGAGAAGCUGGCAGUGGCUUCCUAAGUCCAAGAUGGUUCCUCUUGGUGUUGAUGAGACCAUCGACAAGUUAAAGAUGAUGGAAGGGCGUAACUCCAGCAUCCGGAAGGCUGUGCGAAUUGCUUUUGACCGGGCCAUGAACCACCUGAGCCGUGUGCACGGGGAGCCAGCCAGCGACCUCAGUGACAUUGACUGAGGCAGCUCCUGCAGAAGGCUGCCUGGGUCACCACUAGCCGUGAGCCUUGUCCAUAGUGUUCAUAAGCUGUACAUGUUUGUAUAUGGUUCAAAACUUAACUUAUUCUGAUUUUGUAGUCGUAGUUCUUUUAAUUCUUUUUCCCAGGGGCGGGGGGAGGUUUUGUUUCCAAGUUUUCUAUGAAACCGUCUCGUCGUGGCGCUUGGCGAGUGGGGUGCAGUGUACGCAAGUCACUCUGGUGGUGCCGCGUACCUCACUUGCUUCCAUCUGUAUGUAGCUUUUUUUUUUUUUUUUAAGACUUUUGAAUGUUUAAUAAUUUUGUAAAUCAUGCUCUUUACACAGAGUACCACUUAUUUAAUAAGACGGGGAUGUAAAUUUACAAUGACAAAUGUGUAUUUUAAGAAAGAAAAUGACAUUAUUUUGAAUGGUACUUUGUGCAAAGAGGUGGAGAGUAAAUUUAUGCUGUGUGCACCACUUGCAAAUCACCAAAAACACUCCGCCGGCGCGAAGCUGGGCGGGGCCCUCCUUCUCAUCGUCCUGUCUGCCCCCAGUCUCCUCUGGUCCGCCCCGACUCCUACAGGCGUGCCUCCCAGCGGAUUAUUUAUUGUAGAAAGUGUAUUCAGUUGCUUUAUAAUGAAAAAUAAAUUUGCAAAAGUA